AUGAUUUCCACAACAGCCAGCCUUCUCCUGGCUCUCCUGCCUGUUGUCACGGCUCUCGUGCCUCCCCCGGCAGAUGGCAUGAACAUCAUCUGGUCAGAAACAUUCCAAGGCAACGCCGGAUCACCACCUCGACGCGACACCUGGGACGUGGCCUUGGCCAUCGACACGAACAACGAGGUCCAGACUUACACAGAAUCCUCCUGGAACGUUCAAAUAUCCGGCGGCGAAACAAUUCAGCUCAUCCCCCGCAGAUCGGCCAGCGGCGUCUGGACAUCUGCGCGCAUCGAAACCAAGGCAGCGUGGACCCCUCAACCCGGAGGAAGGAUGAGAGUACAGUCCAUGUUUAGGAUGGGCGAGAACGCAAAUAAGCAGGGCAUGUGGCCCGCGUUCUGGAUGCUUGGCGAUGCUGUUCGCCACGGAGUCCAAUGGCCCCUCUGUGGCGAGCUCGACAUCUUUGAGCAGAUCAACGGCCAACUCUCCGCAACGGGCACCGUCCACUGCCAACAGGAGGUUGGUGGCAUCUGCAACGAGCCUGCCGGGCGCGGAGUAGCCACUUCCCUUCCCGACAACGGCUGGCACACAUGGGCCUUGGAAUGGGAUCGAACUUCGAACAACUGGGCCACGGAGACCAUCACAUGGAUGCGCGACGGUGUCGUAUUCAACCAGCUCAGGGGUAGCGAUAUUGGGGAUGAGGGUAUUUGGGCGACGCUCGCUCACAUGCCCUACUACGUGCUGAUGAAUGUGGCAGUUGGCGGCACAUUGCCGGGCCCCCCUACCGAUGCCACACAAGAUGGCUACGGUAGCAUGAUGGAGAUUGGUUAUCUUGCCAUCUACCAGUCCCCAUAA